AAAGUCAAGCUUCAUUUAGACCAUUUCAUUACUACAAAUUUUCAUCUCCUCUCUUUCUUUCUCCUCAAAGUUCCAUUUCAAGAGUAUUGAAAAAAUGGGGGACAAAAGAGCGACUCCGACGGCAGUGAAGCAGCUAUCGCGAUGGAUUCGAAGCCGAUCAGUGAGACAGCUAGUAACAAUGGCGUCAAUUGCAGCAUUCAUAUUCCUUGUUUUACUCAAAGUUUUCGUCAAAAAUUAUACUUAUUUCUAUGUUGCUGCUCAACUUGCUCACUCUAUUGGUAUUUUGGUCUUAAUUUACAAACUCACCAUCACCAAAACUUGUUCUGGUUUGUCAUUGAAGACUCAGGAGCUAACGGCAGUAUUCUUAACCAUGAGAAUCGCGUGCCAUUUUAUGCUCGUACGUGAUAUUUAUGUUGUACUUGAUUGUCUAACACUUGUAUCUACUCUCUGGGUGAUCUAUAUGAUACGAUAUAAGUUGAAGCAAACCUACUUGGAAGAGCUUGACAAUAUGCCUUUGUAUUACGUGCUGGUGCCUUCUGCUGUCGUUGCAUUGAUAGGCCAUCCUGGAUUUGGAGUGAACUUUAGCUUCAGAUUCUUCUAUAUGUAUUCCAAGACAAUUGAAGCCGUUUCAGUGCUCCCUCAGUUGCGCUUAAUACAAAAUGCUAAGAUGGUUGAACCAUUCACUGCCCACUAUGUCUUUGCCCUAGGUGUUGCAAGAUUCUUUACAUGUGCAAAUUGGUUGAUCAUGCUUUUUGACAGCAGAGGAGCAAUACUGAUGCAAAUCGGGCGAGGACAUUUGUAUUUACUAGUAGCUCUUCUUGCUGAAAUUGUUCAAACUUUCAUCUUGGCAGAUUUCUGUUAUUACUACAUCAAGAGUGUAAUGGAGGGACAGAACAUUAUGAGACUACCCUCAAUGGUAUGAGCUGCAGCAACUUGUGCUAUCGGAAGGCUGCAACGAUAAACUCUCUUCAUGAAGAUGAUCGAGUUUCUGCCCAAAGGGGAGAGUAAGAUUUUACUCCCAUGUUCGCCUUUCAUGUGAUAGCAAUGUAUCAAUAGAAAAAUAAAGACUUGUAUGCUCUCAGUCUCAGAUUUUAUUUUAUUUUAUUUAUUUUUACUGUGAAAAAUAAGGAUUUGCUCUGUCGGCUAUCAGAAAUAAGGAAGUGAGCAUCCAAUUUGUGUAAUUCAUACCACAUUAGCUUAUGUAAACUGUGAAGUAGAAUAGUUAGUGAAGUUGGGUUGGUCAUUGGAACUUAAGAAGGUUCAACCUGAACUGAAAGUAGCUGUUGUAUUGUUGUAUACUUCAUGCUAGAAAUGAAAAGGUGCAAUUACUGUUUUACUGA